AUGCGCGCGCGGUGUGGUAUUGCUAGCCGGCGACCGUCGAAGCAACGGCAGCGAGGAGCAGUGGAAAGGCGGCGGACUGGGGAGCACGAGGUCAGGUUCGGUCCCAGUCCUUUGCAAAAUUUUUUUGCAAUUUUUCCUUUUUUGGAUAAUUUCGUCUAACUGCUCCUUUCUUGAGUUUUGAAGCGUAGAAACAUGAGAAAACUUCUUUUUGAACCUUUAUAAACACCUGGACUUAUUUUUGUCAAAAAUUUUAUUCAUGAAAUUUUUCGUGAUUUUCCAUGUAUGAGCAUGAGUUGGAGUAUGAAAAUUUUCGAAAAAAAUUUUCUUGUUUUUUUUUUCUUUUUUUUAUUUCAAAAGUUGACUGGUCCAAGUAAUCAUGACUACGCCGUCAAAACUCACAGAAAAAAAUUUUCCAAAAUUUUCCACUUCCAAAAAGAUCUUUUUAGGUUGCAGUGAUUUAUACGCGAUGAUUGCCUUUUGUCGGAAAAAAUUUCUUUCAUUCUCAUAGAGCCGUAUGCGCGUUGAGGUCUGAAAAAACUAUGAAAAAUUUUUUUCUGUGAGUUUUGACAGCGUAGUCAUGAUUACUACCAACUUUUAAAAACAAAAAAAGAAAAACAAAAAAAUUUUUUUCGAAAAAUUUUCAUACUCCAACCCAUGCUCAUACACAUAGAAAAAUCACGAAAAAAAUUUCAUGAAUAAAAUUUUUUUGACAAAAAAAUAAGUCCAGGUGUUUAUAAAGGUUCAAAAAAAAGUUUUCUCAUGUUUCUACGCUUCAAAACUCAAGAAAGGAGCAGUUAGACGAUAUUAUCCAAAAAAAGGAAAAAAAUUGCAAAAAAGUUUUGCAGAGGACUGGGGACCGAACCUAUGACCUCGUGCUCCCCAGUCCGCCGCCUUUCCACUGCUCCUCGCUGCCGUUGCUUCGACGGUCGCCGGCUAGCAAUACCACACCGCGCGCGCAUUCUCUUAUGUUCGGCGGGGCUUUGAAAGAUCAUAUCUGGGCUGCGAAAUUUUUUUGAAAAAAGUUCAAUGGUUUCUCGUGACCAGAGGGACAAGAUCUACAUACCCUCCAAAAAUGAGCUCAAUUGGAGACACUGAAAUUUUCGACUUUUGAGGGUCCAUAACUUUUUUCACAGACGUAUUGGGCAACUUUUGAAAGCAGAUUUGGAAUCAGCGUGAAAAACUACAUCUAGUAAAAUUGGUCUCAUUCAGAAGUCCCACUGUGAGCUGAGACCAUUCCCUGGUUAAUUACGUUUCAUUCGUUGAGUAAUCGUGCGAUCUCUCUAUUGUCUUUCAAGUCACAGGAAAUUCACGUGAAUUACACGUCGAGCGCAAGGUAGCUUUCGUUACGAGUUCUUCGUUACGAGAAAUUAUCAAAACAUCUCUGGAAUAUUUUCUAUUCAAAAAUUCUCAUCUUCAUGCAUUAAGUACCUUUUCAUGUAUUUUUCGCUUAUACUUAUCUGAUUAUUUCCUUCGUUCAUCGUCUUCCGCCCAAUCCUGGUUCUUAGAGAUUGCGACGCCAUAUCUUGUUUCGCCAUUUAUCUCUUUCAGACAGUCUCACAUAUUUCGAAGUUUUCUUUUUACGACUGAUCUCUCCUUUGAAAGACUUUUCGUCUUCUCUAGUUCCUUCUUUAAAAAUUGUGUAAGAACUUUGUACUCAUUCUUUGUCGAUUUCCAAUCGGAGUGUCUAAUGUCACUAUCAAUUUUGUUAUCAGUCUGAAUGUGUAACUUUGACCCAGAGUCUUUACCUCUUGUAUGAUGAUAAUUUAUCCAUUUCUUGUCCUCCUUUCAGCUUUACAAUUAUUGAAGAGUUGAGUUCAUCUUAUUUAAUUUCUGACUGCUUCUUAUUCUCCUCAUUUUUACGAAGUUUUCAUUUUCAGCAGAAUGAUGAGCGUUGCUUAUCCUACGAAAAUAGCGGCUUCUCCCAUCGCGAUCGCAGAAAAUCUCCAGGAAAGCGCCGAGGAGAGGACGCGUCGUUUUUGGCGCACCGCCGACGCUGUUUGCUUUGACGUCGACUCUACAGUAUGCCAGGCUCGUGGAUUUUUCAGAAUGUAUGAUUAAGUUUCACUGUGUGGUUUUUUUUUUAAAUAUAUUUCAUUAAGUCAUUAUUUUGAUCUGAUUAACCUGUACUAAAACUUUUUUUUUAUGUGAAUUUUAUUCUGAAACUAAAAUUUAAAAAAAUGAAGCCUCAUUUAAAUGAUUAAUUUUGUGUUUUAUAUACUUUCAUUUUUGUCUUUUUUUGCUGCAAACACAUUUUUUUGAAUAUUCAAAUAUUAAAUUAUCGAUUUACGCUCUUCAGGAUGAGGCGAUCGACGAAUUGGCGGCAUUUUUGGGCGUCGGAGAAGCUGUCGCCAACGUCACUCGAUCAGCAAUGAAUGGAAACGCGCGAUUUAGGUAGGAAAGGUUCACGGCGACUCAAAACAUCGCGAAAUUUCCAGAGAUGCGCUAUCUGCAAGGUUGCAAGUUAUGAAGCCGAGCCUUGAUCAGCUCGAAUCGUACGCCAACAAUACGAAACCAAAAGUAAUACUAGUUACUUUUUUUAGUCUGAAACUUUUGUUCUCCAGUUGACGCCUGGUAUCAAAGAGCUUGUUUCAAAACUCCACUCCCGUGGCGUAGACGUUUAUCUAGUUUCUGGUGGAUUCCGGAAAUUGAUAGUUCCUGUCGCAAAACUUUUAGGUUGGCUGUCUUUUUCAGGAUAAUGCAGAAGUUUCUAUAACUUUCAGGAGUUGAUAGGGAAAGGAUAUUUGCAAACGAGAUUUUAUUUGACCAAAACAAAAACUAUUGCGGUUUCGAUACGACAGAACUAACAAGCGACUCGGGCAGUAAAGACGUAAGUUUUCUUUCUCAAAUUUUUUUUCAUGACAUUUCAGGUUGGCAAGCCUGCAGUGAUAUCUCUACUGAAAGAGAAGUUUGGGUAUUCGAAAGUUGUAAUGGUCGGCGAUGGAGCAACGGACAUGGAAGCCUGUCCUCCGGCAGAUGCUUUCAUCGGCUUCGGUGGUAAUCAGGUACCUGAUUCAAACGGGAAUUCUAGUUUCAUUCCGACCCGUACAGGUGCGAGAAGCAGUUAAAUCACGAGCGAGCUGGUUUGUAACAGACUUUGAUGUUCUGCGAGCUGAACUUGAUCUCAAAGAUUGA